UGAUAUCCUACAAGGUCUACUAGAACGUCAACCUAAAGAAAAAUGGCACGCGCAGUGUGGACCAAACUACUAUCGGACGACGCUAUCCGUAGGUCGUCUCAAACGCUAUCAGUUAUUGGCGACGAUGUUUAUAUCUAUGGCGGGGAGCUACGGCCCCGUGAGCCGGUAGACGCAGCCGUGUAUCGCAUUGCUCUAGAUGGAAACAAAGCUUUAGACAACAGGCUAUCUGCGACUACCGGCACGUCUAACGCUCCACAGCCAAGAGUAGGAGCGGCAUCUACAACUAUCGACGGCAUAAUUUAUGUAUUCUCUGGUCGCGGUGGCACAGCUAUGACCCCGCUCGAAGAACAGGGCUCAUUUUGGGGAUUUGACCCUAGCGCCAGCACCUGGUCCCAGGUCAAGCCCGCAGACCCUCACUCUCCAUACCCUGUUGGACGCAGCUACCAUACCCUCACAACCAACGGUAAAGACACGAUAUUCCUUCAUGCUGGCUGUUCAGAGAAAGGUCGACUUUGCGAUCUAUGGGCAUUUAAUAUUUUCACGCGUCAAUGGCGAGUGUUAUCCCCUGCGCCCAAGCCGGAAAGGGGAGGUACAUCGAUUGUCUAUGCAGAGGGAAAGCUCUUUCGUAUGAACGGCUUUGAUGGCAAGACAGAGCAGGGUGGUGCACUGGAUGUCUAUGAUCCGGAGACUAAUGUGUGGGGCACUAUCCCAUAUCAAGCGGAUGGUAUUUCGGGUCCAAGUGCACGUAGUGUGAGCUGCCUGUUGUCGCUCAAGGUUUCUGGUAAGCCAAGCUUGGUCACGAUGUUCGGCGAGCAUGACCCCAGUAGCCUCGGCCAUCAGGGAGCAGGUAAGAUGCUGUCGGACGUGUGGAUAUUCGAUAUCGAGUCUCAAAAAUGGACGGAAGUGCGCAUGGAUGCCAACAACGCACCUCAGGGCAGAGGAUGGUUCGAUGCCGAUGUGAUCACUGCUGCCUCACAACCUAGUAUUAUUGUUCAGGGAGGGCUGGCCGAAUCGAAUGAUCGUCUGGGAGAUAUGUGGCGACUUGACUUUUGAUCUGGUUUC